AAAUUCUGGCAUCACUGAUGAAUAUCAACUGUUUGUAAAUAAAAUAAAUGUCAAACUGAACCGUAAUAAGGUAAUAACGGUGAUAACAAGCCUCUUAAUUUCCACAAAAAACUUUCAACGAUGGAUUCCAGAAAAAAUAAAAGAUCAUCGAACAGCAAGCAGAAAAAUGCAUCCAAACAAGACUCCAAAAGCAUUACAAACAAACCACUUCCGGAUGGAGCCGGAUCUCAACCGAGAAUACUGUUGAAACCUAAAGAGAACGCAGAGGUUCUAAGAAAGCCGGAACCCGUGAUUACGAUCGCUACCAAAGCUCCACCUGCUAAACCCGAUCCAUCACACCAUGCGGCAAAGGACACAGCUGUCCUGAAACAGAGACCAGUUGCCCAGGAAAUUCCCCAAUCGAUCACAAUUGUGAACAGCAUGCUCAAAUCGGUGAAUCUGGUCAAUGGGAACAACGCUUUAAACGCCCAUGCAUUCGACUAUCUUCACGAGAGCAAUUCGGAUUUCUUUGUUAUUGGCGCCAUUGGCAUGCAGGGAUCGGGAAAAUCCACCGUGCUGAAUCUGCUGGCCGCUGAUCCCACGGAGGAAGCCAUCCGGCAAGCUGCCUUCCACGUUGGCGGUGGCGUUUUUCCCAUUACGAGCCUGUUUGGGCGUAGUGAAACGGUGGAAUUUGAGGAUGCAGAAAUUCGCAUGCACAUUACCAAGGAUCGUAUUAUUUUACUAGAUAGUGCCUCGGUGCUUUCCAAUCGAGGAAACAAGGAUUUUGUUCUAAGCGAGCUAGAUGACAUCCGGCGGAUUAUGCUACUGUUGAGUGUAUGCCACGUUCUGCUGGUCUUGCAGGAAGAUUACUUCAACAUCAAUUUCAUAAGAUUACUGCGGUGCGCUGAGAUGAUGAUUCAAAGGGAUCAAAAAGACACGCAACAUUUGAAUCCACGGAUUAUUUUCGUAAAAAACAAGUGUAAUCGAAAUAAUUUCACGAUACAAGAUAAAACAUUCCACGAAAAGAUCUACAAACAAAUAUUGAAGGACACAAAACUUAAAAUUUACUCAAACGAGGAUGAUAAGGAGAAAAUAAAUGCAAUAUAUUUACCGAAGCUGUUUUAUGAUAAUCUCUUGUUCACCGAUGAUGAUAGUAGUUUUUCGUGUAUUCUCAAGUUGCGACAGCAUGUAUUUAUGACUCCCACGCAUGAUGCGGUGGAAGGGUGCGAAAGUCUUACGGAAAAAGCGUGGUCCCAGAUCGUUCAUCACGUUUUGGAAAGCCAUCACAAUAACUACUUUUUGCGAAAGUAUGAAAACCUCAAAGAGAAGUACAACUUGCACAAUCACGUUAACGUGGUCGAAAAUGCAGCAAAGGAGAAAAGCUAUUUGAACUUUAUAGACACUUAGAAUAAGCUUGUUUAGUUUCCGUAAGAAGAUUGACUUAUGUUUUGUAAAUUUAACAAAAAAAAAAAUAAUAUCAAUUGUUAACGGUUUCUGUUUAUCUAGUCUCCAAAAA